CAAAAUUUUAGACACUCAAUUCAAUAGAUGAUUUAUUGAAAAAUUCUUACUGGGCAAGGAAACAGCCUAGUUUUGUUAAAAUACAAUAAUCUUGUAGAAAGGAAACCAUCCAAGAUAGUCGCGUUUCAGUUGUAUUUAAUUCUAGCUCAUGCUUCAAAAAAGUAACGUUGUUAUUUCUUAAAAAGAAAAAUCGAAAACUUCAAAUUUUUGUUUUUUUAUAAGCUUCAAGAAAAAGUUAUUCAGAGCUGUUUCGGUAAAAUGUAGCGUUUCAUAAUGAUCUUUUUCUCUAAUGAUGAAAAAUAAUCAAAUAACUUCUUUUUUCUGUUGAAGAACGAUCAGCUGCUUACGCUUACCAUGUUUCCAUGAGCUCGAAGACCGGUGUGUGUAACACUUCGGCGUUUAAGACUCCAAAAAAGAAGAUUAUUCGAAAUUCACAGCCUUCUUCUGAAGCUGUAGUAGUGGGACGAAGAAGUAAUUUGGGCGAGGCGUUAAAGGCGAAGGGAGUAGACCAGAAAUUACCUUCAAAAUACGAUCAUGGUAGGACGAUUCCACAUUUUGAAGUGAGGUUAUCUAAAUCGAAUCCAUUUCGAUUAUUCUACAUCGGACCACAACCGAAUAGUGUGACAUUGCAGGAUAUUUUGAGCAAAGACCACAUAUCGGCUUUGCUCAUAAUAAACUAUAUUGUCGAUGUCAAAUGGAUCAGGGACCAGUUAAGUUCAGCCUCGCAGCGUACGGACGAUAUAACUAUCGUAGCAAGCGUGCGGGCUGACUUAGAUGGUAGUAUGCCACAUCCACAGGAUCCUGAAGGCCUUAAGUUUUUUAAUGUGAGGUCAAUGCCAUAUAAAUUUGGCACCCAUCAUGCCAAAAUGAUAAUUAUUAAGUACGACCACGGUGGCGUCAGGGUCGUGGUUACCACGGCAAAUAUGAAGGUCGAUGACUGGAAUUUGUACGUCAACGGAUUAUGGGUGUCUCCACUUUUGUCACGAUCCGAGGACGGGAGUGGCAAUCCCGAUUCUGCAACUAAUUUUAGGAAAGAUUCAGUUCUAUUUCUUAGAACGUAUGAAAUGUUUUCUCACGACCAGCCAUUUAGGCUAAUUACUCGAUGGAUGGAGGAAAUUAGUAUUUUAAAUUGCGUAGACGUCAAUGUUUAUUUUGUCGCUUCUGUACCAGGCAAACACCAAACAGAUUUGGAGGAUUGGGGACAUUGCAAGCUCAGAAAAAUUCUAAUUUCCCACAACAAGCUUUGCCACACGACAGCAUCCCAAAGUCAUGUCGUUGCUCAGUGUUCGGCUAUUGGGAGCCUUGGCGGACGUGAUCCUGGCUGGCUGUCAUCUGAUUUUUUGAGAAGCACUGGUGCUAGUGGAAGUUUAUGCAACUUCCAUUUAAUAUAUCCGACAGCCCAGUACGUUCAGAAUUUCAUUUAUUCCGCUGGAUCAGGUGCGUCGACUCAAGCUGACAAUCAAACAUGCCUUUCUUAUUCUCGGGCCGUGCAUGCUGAGCAGUCUUGGUUGACUAAGUAUUUGUGUAAAUGGGUGCCUGCAGAUAGCAUAAAGAUGCCCGCCAUUCCACAUUUGAAAACUUACGCCAGCGUCGAUUCCGAGAUGAGACGUGCAAAUUGGUUUCUGUUGACCAGUGCCAAUAUGAGCCAAGCAGCUUGGGGAAGCAAUUCGUUGGACCAAAGUACCAGUUUUAUAAAGAGUUUUGAGGCCGGCGUUUUAUUUAUCCCAGAAUGUUGUACGGAUAGUGAGAGUUUCUCGUUGGUCGACUCCGAAGAUGCCGAUCAGCAUUUUCUACAGUUACCGUACAAAUUGUUGUUGAGGUAUCUUCCGAAAGAUGAACCAUUUCUCACUAAUUCUCCACCAGAUUUUUAUAAGAAAUCAAGUUUGGGUUAGUUUGGGUUCUAUGUUUUAUGUCGUCUGGAAGAAGAGUCCAACAAGCCCUAAAUUUUCCUCGUUUAUUUAUAGUUUAAGAUUUUACACUAUUUACACCAUUUGAAUGGAAAGCCCAUCAAGUCCUGAUAUUGCGUCGUCUAUUAGAAUUUAACAUGUUACACGCUUUACACCAUUUGAAUGGAAAGCCCACCAAGUCUUGUUUAUGUUAUGUUUAGACUAUUUAGAAUUUAAGAUUUUACACGUUUUACACCAUUUGUAUGGAAAGCCCUCCAAGUCCUGAUAUUGCCUCGUCUAUCAGAAUUUGAGAUUUUUCAUGUCCCAUGCCGUUUGUAUUGAAAGUCCUCCAAGUCCUGAAACUGCUGUUGUUUAUUUUGAAAUUAAUAUUUCUACGUUUUUUUGCUGUUAUUUACUUAGAAUUUAAGAUUUUAUUAUUAAAUUGUAUUGUUAAUAUGAUGUAUCAAAUAAAAUGGUUAUUGACGAGUUUUCUUUUUUAUUUAUACAGCUAUGUUUGAUUAUGUGCUUUCAGAAAGUGUCGGUUAUUGCCAAUAAUCAAGCAAAGCUAAGGAAUUAGUAGUGGAUAUAUUGAUACAUGUCGAGUCGGCGCGACCGUUUUUAUAGGUUUUUUUUUCUAGCCGUUUUGAGAGUCGGCGAUAAGCACUUG